AUGUGUCGUCGUAGGAUGUCAUCACUUUCACCAUUUUGCGCUGCACGACUAGUGCGAGCAAAUACGCUGAUAUCUGCCGCAUGUCGCACAGUUAGUGGAUGUCCCUCGCGACCUGCAGUUGCAAGUCGAAAGCAGAGUAACCUAAAGAAGAAAAUGGAGGAAUUGAAACAUAUUCAGGAUUUUCCGUCGGUUUAUCCUGAUUUUGUGCAAUCUCCUGUCUGGAAUCGACGCAAUGCAUUGAAAGAGGAGCUUGAGUACCAGGAUAUGCUUGAACGACGUAUGCAUCUGGAUAUACCUGAAUUUUAUGUUGGUUCGAUUGUUGCUGUUACUACUUCCGAGAGGUAUAUGGGUAGCAAGGAACAUCGAUUUGUGGGCAUUUGCAUUAGAAGAGAAAAACAGGGCCUACAUCAUCAAUUCACCCUGAGGAAUGUAUUAGAGGGUGUAGGAAUUGAGAUUAUGUACGAUUUGUACAAUCCCACCAUACGUAAGAUUGAAACGCUGAAACUGGAGAAACGACUAGAUAAGGAUCUGAGUUACCUCAUUGAUGCACUGCCGGAGUAUAGCACAUUCGACUUCCAUAUGGAGCCCAUUGCUCAUCCUGCUGGAACUCCUGUCCCAAUCAACCCUAUCAAGGUAAAACUUCGCUCUCCGCCGUGGACCCGUCGUUGGGAGUUAUAUGAUUGCAAAGGCAUAGAAGGGGCAUGGCAACAGGCGACUCCAUACUUCAAGCGCAAGUUUCACAAAACUAAGAUGAAUGACUACCUUCAAUAUGACUUGAUUGCCGAUUACCGAGUCGGUUCUCAAUUGGAGCACGAGCUGGAAGUUGAAGAAAAGAUGCAGCGAUUUGAGAAGGAAAGGCACACAGCUGGGCUUACGCGACGUCGCAUUUUCCGCAGUGCAGCAGCCUCGCGAUAGUGCUGACAUGAAGUGUCUAGAAACUUCUUUUAUCUAUGUUUAGAAAUCAAUUGAAAAUAAUUAGGACAUUUUAUUUUAUUAUUGCUGCCUCAUCAAAUUCUAUCUGUAUGUUUCGAUUAUUGUUAUAGAUUUGACCGGAUUUGUCUCAAACAAUCAAUAAGAUGUCUAUCAGAACCUCUUUUAGACUUUGCUCCUAGAUUUAUAUGACACAG